GUGCUGUGCGGUGCGUGGGUGGGCACAGGCGUGGGACGGGUGGGCAUGGCCAUCACUGCUGCCACCAGCCGCCAGAGCUGGGGAGAGGGAUGAUUCACGGAGACGGGAGGAUAGGCAUGACAUUUCUUGCCGGUGACUCCUCCAAACUGGCAGCAUCAGCAGCAUUAGCAGCAUCAGCUCCUCUGGGACACCACCGAGGGCUCUCUCUGCCUCUCUCCUCCGGCGGCGCACGAGAAAGCGAGAGAGGAGCGCACUGCAUUCCUGGCUGCCUGCGUCUGCCUGCUUCUUUCCCAGCCUCUCUCCUGCUGCCUCGGCUUUGACCAAACUUGGCAUUCCCUGCCUGCCUGGUGCUAGCGACACUCUCCCUCCCUCCGGUGAUAUGCCAGCCAUUCUGCUCUUCUGGAGCCGCGUGGAGAGGAAUAAAGAGUCGGCGGCUGGGACUGGGACGGUCUCCACCAUGGGGAAGGAUUAUUACAAGGCCCUGGGGAUCCAGUCUGGAGCCAACGAAGACGAGAUCAAGAAAGCCUACCGGAAAAUGGCCUUGAAGUACCACCCGGAUAAGAACAAGGACCCCAACGCGGAGGACAAGUUCAAGGAGAUCGCCGAGGCCUACGACGUCCUGAGCGACCCCAAGAAGCGGGCGGUCUAUGACCAAUACGGGGAAGAAGGGCUCAAAACAGGGGGCGGCUCCUCCGGCACCCCCGGGAACACCUUCCAUUACACCUUCCACGGGGACCCCCACGCCACCUUCGCCUCCUUCUUUGGGGGAUCCAACCCCUUUGACAUCUUCUUCACCAGCGGGCGCUCUCGGGUGUUCAACGGCUUCGACCACGACGACAUGGACGUGGACGACGACAAUGAUGACCCCUUCAGUGCCUUCGGCCGCUUCGGCUUCAACGGCCUCAACGGGGUGCACCGGCGGCACCCAGAGCCCAUCCACAUGCGCCGGAAGGUGCAGGACCCGCCCGUGGUGCACGAGCUCAAGGUCUCCCUGGAGGAGAUCUACCACGGGGCCACCAAGCGCAUGAAGAUUACGCGCCGGCGGCUGAACCCGGACGGGAGGACGAUGCGGACAGAGGACAAGAUCCUGAACAUCGUCAUCAAGCGUGGCUGGAAAGAGGGCACCAAGAUCACAUUCCCCAAGGAAGGAGACGCCACGCCGGACAACAUCCCCGCCGACAUCGUCUUCAUCCUGAAGGACAAGCCGCACGCUCACUUCAGGCGGGACGGCACGAACAUCAUCUACACGGCCAUGAUCAGUCUUAAAGAGGCCUUGUGCGGCUGCACCGUCAACAUUCCCACGGUGGACGGGCGCGUCAUCCCCUUGCCCUGCAACGACAUCAUCAAGCCGGGGACGGUGAAGCGGCUGCGCGGCGAGGGUCUGCCCUUCCCCAAGGUGCCCACCCAGCGGGGGGACUUGAUUGUGGAGUUCAAGGUCCGCUUCCCGGACAGGAUAGCCCCGCAGACCCGGCAGAUCCUCAAGCAACACCUGCCCUGCUCCUAGAGCCCGCCGGGCGGACGGACCCCCCUCCCUCGUCCACCUGCCCGCCUGACCGAACGACCGACUGAACGACCGCACGCCUUUCCGGGCGGCGACGCUGCUUCACGCGCCAGGGGUGCCGCGGCGGCACCCUCGGCCUGCACUGCGCGGGGUCCGACUGCGCCCUCACUGCCAACCGCACCUCCUUUCGCAAGAGACGCUCCGGCUGGGAUCGGGUGCUCUGCCCUCCCUUCUGGGAGCUCGGUUCACUGCCAACGCCCCUCUUCUGGGCCCACCGUGCCUGCUUCCGGCCUCCUCUGCCCUCCUGCUUUGUGGAGUCUGACUGGCGAGCUGCGUGUGAAACGCUGAUGUAAAUAGGACUCAAACCAGAGCCGCUCCCGUUUCCUCGAUCUGGAGCAACGGUCUUCGAGCAACCGCCAUCGGUGAUAUUCCCAGUUUGUCUGGACGUUCGCUCUGCGGAAGGGAGGCGUUUCGCUUUGUUUCCGCUGCUCCGUCGGUCGAUUUCAUGCCAAGCCGGACCGGGCUCCGAUCCACUCUCGGGGGUCGUCUCCUCCCACUGCCGAGACCUUAUUUUGCCACGCUGCCACGACAGACUCCUGGAGAGAACCGGCCGCAUUCGGCACCGCGUCUUCUGGCCUUGCUUGACCGACGGUUCCUCUUUUUAACUCUUUUUAAUAAUAGAAACCUCACGAGAACUGGUCCUCUUCCUAGCCAUUUUUGGGGUGUCCGGUGUGGUUCUUUUAAGCUGGGGAACGCGUAUGUGUGUGCGUGUGUGUUAGCGUGUGUACGUGGCAGAGAAAUAAGUUGUGUCUUUGCGUUAAGGGAGGCGAUGGACGUGUCCGGAGCCUGGGAGGGAGGGUUUGGUGGCUGCAGGGACGUGCGUCUGUCUCCGAAAAGGGUCAAAAGGUCUGUCUGGGUGAUGCCAUGUUUAGAAACUAUGCUAAAAUGCAAAACAUUUCUCAGAAGGGCAUAUUUUAAAAAGCAACACUAGCUGGUGGAACAGUUGAGGCACCCCUGGGAUGGAAUUCAGAAGGUUCCAAAGGUAAACAAAGGACCUUUCCCUUCUCAUUUGAGAUCUGGUACCAAAACAACCCCUGGUCCCUCGUUUUGUAUUGAGCGGGGAGGUUGCUGCCAUUGCAGGGUCCCACGUGAGUCUCGUCUCGUGGCUUCCGCUGGGUUUUGGGAGCUGGUUUUUAAGCCGUCUCGACUUUUACAGUUGGGGCACCCCUGGGAAGUGAAACUGGGCUGGAAUUCAGAAGGUUCCAAAGGUAAACAAAGGACCUUUCCUUUCUCAGUUGAGAUCUGGUACCAAAACAACCCCUGGUCUCUCGUUUUGCAUUGAGCGGGGAGGUUGCUGCCAUUGCAGGGUCCCACGUGAGUCUCGUCUCGUGGCUUCCGCUGGGUUUUGGGAGCUGGUCUUUAAGCCGUCUCGACUUUUACCCGAGGGGAGCGCCCCAUGCGCACCCCUUGUAUAGCUGUACAGAGUCUAACACGUCAGUCCCGUCCCCCCCAAAUGUGCAGGUAUCUCCCCCUCCCCACAAUCUCCUAGAAGAUCGAAACUGUUAAGCACUGCUGAACUUGCUGACCGGUUUGAACGGUCAAGACAACCAGGCCUUCUCUUCUGGACUCCCCCCGACAUUGUGUGUCUUUUUAAAUACAAAAAAAACACGUAAAGCUGGCGACGCUGCGGCAGGAAAAAAGAGGGGCGAAGGCGGCGGCGGCAGCGGCGUUGGCGUUACCGUUGGGGUUUUUUCUCCGUUUCAGGGAGACCCCAAGGGGUUUUAUAGCGUUUUUUUGUAUUUUCUCCUUUUUUGUAAUGUCCCGUAUUAAUAUUUAAAUGAGAACAAUAAUAAAAAGGUAUUUUAAAAAUAA